AUUGAGACUCAGUAUGAUGUUAACUAAUGGGAUUGUGUACCGUACGCUCAUUGGAGCACCUGUCAGAUCGAGGGUACUCUUGCCUAGAGCCAGUUUAUUAGGUUCAAGAUGCGAUGCUUUUAGACCUUUGAAGACCUCUGCUCGAUUGUUGAAUCUUAAGCCCAAUGUUGAAACUGAACCAAAGCCUUUAAAGAUCAUCGACAACAUUUAUACGAUACCCAAUUUCCUCACCAUGACCAGAAUUGCCACAGCUCCAGUAAUUGGAUACUGCAUAUACACGGGUUACAUGAAUACAGCUAUUUCCUUAUUCACCUAUUCUUGUGUAACCGAUUUUUUGGAUGGGUUCAUUGCAAGGAAAUUCAACAUGAAGUCUAUAUUGGGGACGAUAUUGGAUCCAAUUGCUGACAAGUUACUCAUGGGCAUCUGUACGAUCUCUUUGUCAGUUGUUAGCAUCAUGCCUGGCUAUAUGGGGGCUCUUAUUAUAGGGAAGGAUGCCAUGUUGGCACUUAUGGGCGUUUACUACCGGUAUGUUACAUUACCAGCACCCAAGACCUUUAAACGGUUUGCUAAUUUGAGCAUUCCAACUGUUUCUGUGGAACCCAACUUGCUUUCUAAGAUCAACACCGGUCUCCAGAUGGUGUAUGUGGGUAAUUUGGUGUUCAAACCUCAAAUUGAACAAUGGAUAAUGAGUGACUACUACGGAGCCUUAUUGGGAAACUUCGAGGUUUUGGUGGCUGCAACAACCCUUAUUAGUGCCUUAUCAUACAUCUUUAGUAAGAGGUCUAUCAAGACCUUGGGUGACAAACUAAAGAUCUAAUUCGAAGGAUAACUUAGCAUUUCCCCCAUAAUACUGCAAUAACUCGUCAUUCUCAAACAUAAUCAACAAUGCCAACACUUUAUUGUGUUGAAGAACUGUCAAACUCUUCUGUAGGUACAAUAUGAUACUCAAAUACCCCAUGACCAAUUCACUAACUUUAGUACAAUCCAACCAACGGUUGCCCCUGGGAUGGGACUUAAAUGCCUGUUUCAUUGAGGAAGGUAGUUCCAGGUGAGGCUUGACCUCAGUCACUAUCAGAUAUAUGUUGAUAAUGAUCCGAUUAAUAAACACACGUUUAAA